CUGGCUAUUUCCAAGCCUCCUUCACCUCGAAGAUGAAGUUAACCGCGAGCCGCCGCCAGGUGCGAGCUGCCUCCGAUGGAGCCCCGCGUCUCAUCUCGCCCGUCGACCAACCCGAUGCAGCACUUCCUGACGUUGCGGUCUCAGUUGACGGAUUCUGAUAUGGACUAUGAGAGGCCAAACGUUGAAACUAUCAAGUGUGUGGUGGUCGGAGACAAUGCGGUUGGAAAGACUCGCCUCAUCUGCGCCCGGGCCUGCAAUGCCACCCUGACUCAGUACCAGCUCCUCGCUACACAUGUGCCCACAGUCUGGGCCAUCGACCAGUACAGAGUAUGCCAGGAGGUGUUAGAGCGCUCCAGAGAUGUAGUGGAUGACGUCAGUGUGUCCCUUCGGCUCUGGGACACGUUCGGAGACCAUCAUAAGGACCGACGUUUUGCGUAUGGCAGGUCCGAUGUCGUGGUACUCUGCUUCUCAAUCGCCAAUCCCAACUCUCUCUACCAUGUAAAGACUAUGUGGUAUCCGGAGAUUAAGCACUUCUGUCCGCGCGCCCCGGUCAUCCUGGUAGGCUGUCAGCUGGACCUGCGCUAUGCAGACCUGGAGGCGGUGAAUCGAGCACGGCGGCCCUUGGCCAGACCCAUCAAAUCGAAUGAGAUCCUCCCUCCAGAGAGAGGAAGGGAGGUGGCCAAAGAGCUGGGAGUGCCAUAUUAUGAAACCAGUGUUGUUGCUCAGUUCGGCGUCAAGGACGUCUUUGAUAACGCGAUCCGAGCUGCGCUCAUCUCUCGCCGCCACUUGCAGUUUUGGAAAUCUCACCUCAGAAAUGUCCAGCGGCCUCUCCUUCAGGCACCCUUCCUGCCACCCAAACCUCCUCCACCUAUAAUCACUGUGCCUCCUCCGCCGACCACCACCGAGGAGCAUCCAGUUGGACUUCUGGAGGACCCACACUGUGCUGACGUCAUCCUGGUCCUGCAGGAGCGACAGAAGAUUUUUGCACACAAGAUAUACUUGGCGACAUCCUCCUCAAAGUUCUACGACCUCUUUAUUAUGGACACACAGACCGAGGAGACCGAAAGACCGCCUCGCGGCCCCCUCUCUGGCCGAGAGUUGCUAAUGCGCGCUGCUAGCUUCGACGUUUGCGAGAAUAGCGACGACGGAGACCGGGCCAACCUCAGGGCCUGCACGAGCGACGGGACGUUGAAAGACUCUGAAGGGGGCCGACGGGGCAGGCUGCUCUCCUCGUGGAGCCGGGCCUUCGUCAGCAUUCAGGAGGAACUGGUCGACGACCCCGUGACAUACAGCCCCAGGCCCAUGACUGUCGUGCACAUGGACCAGUCCAUGCAGCUCGGCCCUUUUCGGGCAGUACUGCGCUACCUUUAUACUGGCCAGCUGGACGAGAAUGAGAAAGAGCUAAUGCACAUUGCACACAUUGCUGAGCUGCUGGAGGUCUUCGACCUGCGGAUGAUGGUGGCAAACAUUCUUAACAAUGAAGCCUUCAUGAACCAAGAAAUCACCAAAGCCUUCCAUGUACGGCGCACAAACAGAGUCAAAGAGUGCUUGGCCAAGGGCACUUUUUCUGAUGUUGUAUUCAAGCUAGACGAUGGGACCAUCAUGGCCCACAAGCCUUUACUCAUCUCUAGUUGUGACUGGAUGGCAGCUAUGUUUGGUGGGCCUUUUGUGGAGAGCUGCACCAAAGAGGUGCUGUUUCCCAACACGACUCGCAGCUGUAUGAGGGCUGUGCUAGAAUAUCUCUACACGGGGCGGUUUUGUUCUCGAUCUGACCUGGACGCAAUGGAGCUCAUUGUUCUUGCCAAUCGUCUUUGCCUCCCGCACCUGGUUGCACUUACAGAGCUCUACACAGUGACAGUAUUGACGGAGGCAGCAAUGAUGGGGGCUGACAUUGAUGGAGAUGUGCUGGUGUACUUGGAUAUGGCCCAGUUCCAUGGUGCCCAGCAGCUCACAGGCUGGUGUCUCCACCACAUCUGCACCAACUACAACAGCGUCUGUCGCAAGUUUCCCCGCGAUAUGAAGGCCAAGUCGACAGAGAACCAGGAGUACUUCGAGAAACAUCGCUGGCCGCCUGUGUGGUACCUGAAAGAAGACGACCACUACCAAAGAGCACGAAAAGAGCGCGACAAGGAGGACUACCUGUACCAGAGGCGGCAGUGUAAACGCAAGUGGCUCUUCUGGAACCUCCCCUCCUCCCCGAACUCGAACUCUCCUUCCUCUGGUUCAUCUGCUGUCAUUUGACCCCGCGGUCGGGACAGGUCUUCUCUGGACGACACCGGUGUGGCUGCAAGUCUUAAAAGGUACAAGAUAAGCACUGCUGGCAAGGCACGCCCCUAGUUAUUCAGGCACAUGUCGUAUUCUCCUGCUGUUUGUUUGCUCUCGCAAUCAAACGACUCUCAAGGUUUUGCGAGGUCACCUCAAUCCGGCUGUUAAAGUAAUGAGUUUUAUCCUUUAGGCGUUUCAGAUUGGAAUAUUUGAGACUCAAGCCUCAGUCAGUGAAAUAUGGCACAGUUUAUCUGGCGCAAAUAUCCACUCAUAUGGACAGUGAUAUCAGCUCCGCCUCCCAUUUUAGGUUUUCAAAUAGGACUCUGCUGGCACAGAACUUUCCACCUGUGUUCAUAACCAUCAACAAUUAACCUGACAUGAUAACCAAGUGCUGCUUAUCAGCUGCAACAACCAGCAAUGUAACACAGAACUCAAGUCUCAGAGAUAUAACACUUUGCCCUUAAGUGUUUGUACAAUCUACCAAACUGUGUGUGCAGUAUGAGCUCAAAAACAGGAUGUUGUGAAAGCACGGCUGUUGGAAGGCAUUCAUUUUGACCUUGCUUAAUAUGGCCAUGUAUGCAUAGUAGAGAAAAAACUAAACAAAAAAACUGGCACGUCUAUAUUUCUUGUACAGUCAUUCUGUUUCUGAAUGUUUGUGCACAGUUUGCACAGCUAAACGUGAUGUGAGUCUGUACACACACUCAGCAUUUACAUAUUUGUGAUCUUGUGAUUUGUGGCCUCUUGUCACAAAAGGGCUUUAGUUUACAUGAAUGCAUCCAGUGUCCUGAAACACAAGUGAUCCAAAAUCAAAGAUUUUUUUUUUUUUUCUGAAAAAAGCCAGCAAAAAAUUAGGUUGAUCAUGAAUAUAUUCUGAGUUGCUUGAUUAGGUUCGUAAAAACACAUGUUCCUCAAGUUAUUAAGUGUUAUAUUUUGAAUAGUUUUGUCAUCUGAUCACUGUCAACCUGGAAAUAAAGUAUUUCAGAAUCAGUAGAAACCUCUCCAGAGCUAGAAGUGACCUCUUAGACAUAAUCAGCUUUGUCACCGGGGGUCUUUUAGCGAAUUGUUUGAAAGAAGCCCCCCUCCUUCCCCCUCGACUAUCUGCAGCAGGCUUUGUAAGACUUUUAACAUGCGGGCGGCCUCCUCAUGCCUGGGUGAAGUCAUCCAUACUCCUUUUUACACUUCGAGCACUUUUUUGGACCUUUCUCCGGUGAGACACUCACGAGAACCUCCAGUAGCAGCAUCGCGGCGAAGCACCGAAGACAGCGCGGCGUCACGACGCCGUCGCCAGUGACGCUGAAGAAGAGACUCAGACAAGAAACCAGGAAGGACACAAAAUGUUUCACACAUUUCAAAAACAAUUGAGAAGAGGUUUAUAUCAGAUCAUUGUUGUUGAUUUGUUUUGCACACCUCACAGUAUAUGUUACAGAUUGUACUUGAUUGUUACGGCGUUAUUUGGAUCUGUGGGCAUGGUGCUCGGUGAAGAUGGUUAAGUGUUGUAUAUUGUAUAAAAUAGCAGGUGAACUGCAAGUAACUUGCGACAGUAAUGUGCUGUUAUCUAAUGUUGUGCACUGCAGGCAGUGAUCAAAAUCAUAGUAUUACUGAGUAAUACACUUACUGAAUAUAGACUUGACUUGCAUAUAGUUACUGUGCAGCUACAAACUGUUGUUGAAAAAUAACUGAAUACCCAUUGUGCUGACCUCCAGUUACAUCUAUUAUAUUCUGUAAUAUACAUGCAAAUUACAGGCAGGUCAAAUAAACGGUUAACUAAUAGUGAACUAGGAUUACAGUACAGAGUAAAGUAGACACACACUCAUAUGAGCAUCAUUAUAACAAUAUAUGGUAUAUCCAUAAAACAUUAUAUUGUUGGCAAAAGAGCAAAUUCUGACACAUUUUGCUUUUGCAGCAUAGGUUAGAGAAAGGCUUGCUUCAGUCCUGCACAUGAUUGGUCAUUCUGUUCCACACUAUUGUUAAAGUGGACACACGGAUCCCUACCAAGAGCUUAAAGUGAGUGAGUACUGUAAAUCAAUUCAGAGAGAAAAUAAAAACAACAAUUUAUGUUGACUCCUUGUCUAAAAGCCAGACUACAUUAACAGGGCUUGACCAAAUAGAUUAAGUUUACCUGUCGACCAUUUAAAAUACAGGAUUUAGAUAAGUGCUGGUACUCCAAGCAGUAGUUUGUUUCCAACUACAUCAUCAAUGUAUGGAUUGCUGAUUAAACAUAAAAAAUGUAAUUUUGAUUAUCUUUGGCACAGAGGGUCACAAAUUAAGAGACACAUUUUGACAAGAGACGUCUUUGUACUAACUCUGAAUGUUUUGAUUGAGAAUUGCCAAGUUCAUGCAUCAUGUAGUUUGGUGUAACAGGUUAACAACAGUAGGGUCCAUCGUGUUGUGAUUUGCCUCAGUCUUGGUCAGACUGAUGCGUUCAUUACAUGCAUGUCAUUCCUCAGUGCAUUGCAUUUCUCAGUGAAUCUUCUGCUGAUGUUUUGCAUCAACACCUCAUGCCUUAAUGUACAGUGUACUGUAGUGUAUGGUAUUGAAUGUAAAGUAGUGUUACUGUGGUCACUAGUUUGUUUUUUUGCUAUAUUUUAAGCUGCCAUGGUGCUCUCUAGGCUGUGUGUGUAUUUGUAGAUGUACAUAAUCCAUAAUUUGGAUUUGAAGCAAUCAGUCGCUGUGUGAUUUGAGGACAGAGACGCACGUGUGCUUUAUAGUCUGAACACUGCAUAGGGUUUGGAAAGCCAAACACAAUACUAAUUAAAGACUCUGACAUCAAGGCCACAUUAAUAAAACUCAUCAAUUUGUGACAUUACCCAUGAAAUGAAUGCAGGGAUUUCAAAUUUGUCUCAUUAUUUUAAAAGUGACUUUAUGCUAAUUAGCUCCAGUUUUUGAGUCUGCAUCCUGACAAAAUGCAGAGAAAGUGUGGACAUUGGAAGUUUAGUAACUCCAACAUGUAAAUAUAUAUUGUGUGAUGACUUAUUCAAACUUGGCAUUGCAAAUGAUACAAGCUAUUGCAUAGUGAUACAUUGUUUUGUUUUUGUUACUAUGCAUAUUGAAAUGUAUCACUUUGAAACUACAAAAUUGCACUGCUUUGUAGCACCAGGUUCUAUAAAAAAUGCAUUAGAGGGUAUUGCAACAUCAUUAGAUGGGUAGACAAUGUCACAUAAGGGGGAAAAAACAAAAAAAAUUAUUUUUUUUUUGAUUAUAAAUUAAGAGGAACGUGUCACUGGGGCCCAUUUCCAUAUGUUUGGGUGCUAAUAUCAGCUGCAGAGAAGCACAAACCAAAGGGAGCUUGAGCAGCACCAGGAAUAUAUUAUAUGCUGCACAAUCACUACUGCAUAGUUUAAGAGGCCUUGUUCAGAAAUGGUUGAAAAUCAAAUAAUAAUUCACAAAUAAAACAAGUGAAAAGUUAAAAAAAAUAAAACGCGAGAGAGAAAAAAAACUUGAAUGUUUCCUCAGUGUUCAAAGCCUGGAGGACGUUUUCUUUAGUCACCAGGUAUUUUUGUUCUCAGAGCUGUUUUUAUUGUUUGAGAGCUGUAAAUCUGAAAUUCUGUAGCAUGUGUUCUUGAAAAUGUGUACAUAUUAUUUACUAAAUAAACGACGAGCAAA